GGGAGGGAGGGAGGGAGGUGGGAAGGAGGGAGGUGGGCCGGCGGCGGCGCCCGAUGCCGUCUCCUCCUGCCGCCGCCGCCGCUGCUCGUGGUGGGCCGGCCGGGCGCUGCCGCUGAGUCCCUCCUGGGCCAUGGAGUCUCCCCCCAACGGCCUGCUGGGCUCGGGCUUCGGCGGCCUGCAGGGCCCCGAGCUGGCCGCGCCGCAGCACCGCCCGGCCCCGGCCGCCGCCUCGCCCCCGCCGCCCGGCUUCGGCGCGCCCUGGUCGGCGUCCCCCCCGCCUCAGCAGGCGCCCCCGCCGCCCGCCCCGCCGCCGCCGCCGCCCCCGCCGCAGGCCCCCGCCAUGGCCCCGCCGCCCAGCCCGGAGGCCUCCGACAGCGGCGGCUUCUACGGCGGGAUGGGGUCGUCGCUGGCGCCGGCCUCCUUCUUCCAGGGCUUCUCCUCCUCCGGCGGCGGCGGCGGCGGCGGCGUCUCCCCGCACGGGCCCUUCGGAGGACCCUUCUCGGCCGCGCCCCCGCCGCAGAUCUCUCUGCCUCAGCAGCCGCCGCCUCAGCAGCCGCCGCCGCCGCCUCAGACGCGGCGCUCCCCGGUCAGCCCGCAGCUCCAGCCGCAGCAGCAUCAACCCCCCGCCGCCGCCGCCGCCUUCCUCCAGCAGAGGAACUCCUACAACCACCACCAGCCUCUUCUGAAGCCGUCACCUUGGAGUAACCACCAGAGCAGUGGAUGGAGCACAGGAAACAUGUCCUGGGGAAGUGUGCAUGGUAGAGACCACCGCAGAACUGGAAACACAGGAAUUCCAGGAACUAUAAGCCAGAUCUCUCCCUUAAAGAAGCCGUUUUCUGGAAACGUCAUAGCUCCGCCUAAAUUUACACGUUCAGCUCCAUCAUUGACACCGAAAUCGUGGAUUGAAGAUAACGUUUUCCGAGCAGACAGCAACAGUAACACACUCUUACCCCUACAGGUAAGAAUGAAGGCCAAGGCAGGCUGGGAGACGGGCCCCUCCACAGAGUGUCUGAGCCCCAGCCCUUCUUUGCUCCGCAGGGGAUUUCUGAUAAGGAGAGGAGAGGAGAAUAACAGCAAGCUAGUUCCAAUGAGAAGCAGCAGCCGCACCGCAUGGGCUGGUUUAACGGCACCUCAUUUGGGCAGCAGCCUCUUUCGUGAGGGGAGACCUUCCUGGGCUAGAGGCCACCGGGCCCAUGACGACCUGGCAGAGCUGGUGACAGCACUCAGUGGGCGCUUCUACGGGCGCCUCAUUGCUGUCUCUCAGAGCCGCCUCCAGCGGCAUGCCUCCUUCCCGCGCGGGUCACAUGAUUACUGCCACGUUCCGGGACGGGGUGACGUGAGGGAUGAGGAAGGGGAGUUGGAAAGGGGAGUUCACGCACGUGCAGUGGAAGGGGGAGAAAAACCAGUUUUACCUGGCACAGGUGUGUUACCUGAGCUGUUGGAGUAG